UUGUAAAAGAGUCGUCAAUGGUGGUUUGUUUUGGCACGGUCUCAUGGAUUCGAUGCCAUUGAUUUGCUGGCAAUUUUGAACGGAAUUGGUGCAUCGAGUGGGAUUCUAAUUCAUCGAAUAGGUGCCAGAGAUGAGGGCGAUUCCAAAGUGGGUUGAAAAAAUCCACGAUCCGAACGAGAAAAGUGAUGUGGCCAGCGUCCAUUCGAUAUGUUUCCACCCGGAAGGACUGCAGCUGAUUGUUGGAGCGGGCGACAAGGUGUUGGUGUACGAUCCUGUCGAUGGAAAUAUCAUAAGCUCGCUGAAGGGUCACAAGGAUACCGUUCACUGUGUGGCAUACGCCCGUGAUGGCAAGAAAUUUGCCUCAGGCAGUGCGGAUAAAACCGUUAUCAUUUGGACGAAUAAGCUGGAAGGAUUACUUAAAUAUUCUCACGGUGAUUCGGUUCAAUGUUUGGCCUUCAAUCCCAUAUCCCACCAGUUGGCAUCGUGUGCUGUAACGGAUUUCUCCUUCUGGUCCUCGGAGCAAAAGGCUGUUCAAAAGUACAAGACAGCAGCGCGAGUGAAUGCCUGUGCUUGGACAAACGAUGGCCAGUACCUGGCACUGGGGAUGGCCAGCGGGACGAUAUCUAUUCGCAACAAAGCCGGUGAGGAGAAGAUUAAAAUUGAACGACCAGGUGGAGUGAAUAGUCCAAUUUUCGGGUUGGCAUGGAAUCCUCCGGCCAGUGGAUCGGCGGAUAUUCUCUGCGUCAUCGAUUGGAGUCAAACGUUGUCUUUCUAUUCGCUUGGAGGUCAGGUGAUUGGAAAGGAGAGAAAUUUCAGCUUUGAUCCGUUGUGCUUGAGUUUCUUUCCCGAUGGAGAGUUUCUGAUAAUAUCCGGUUGCAACAAAGCCCUACAGCUAUUCACUCGCGAUGGCAUACGGCUUGGAAUGCUGGGUGAGCAGCAUGAGUCAUGGAUUUGGGCUACAACCGUUCAUCCGAUGGGGAACUCGAUUGUCGUCGGAUGUCAAGACGGGACGCUGGCAUGCUACAGUCUGGCGUUCAAUACCGUCCAUGCUCUGUAUCGUGAACGGUACGCUUUUCGGGAAAAUAUGUGCGAUGUGAUUAUUCAGCAUUUGGUUUCCGGGCAAAAAGUUCGUAUAAAGUGUCGCGAUCUGGUACAUAAGAUAGCAAUCUAUCGGAACCGCCUGGCGGUUCAAUUGCCAGAGCGUGUCGUUCUGUACGAGCUUAGCUCCGCAGAAAAUCAACCUAUGCACUACAAAGUUAAGGAGAAGAUUGCUAAAAAGUUUGAAUGCAGUCUGUUGGUUGUAUGCGCACAGCAUUUGGUUCUGUGUCAGGAGAAGAAGCUACAAAGCUUGGAUUUUAACGGCCUUCUGCAGCGGGAAUGGAUUAUGGAUAGUUUCAUACGGUACAUAAAAGUAACAGGAGGACCAGCUGGUUGCGAAGGGCUUUUACUGGGCCUGAAAAGUGGUCAAGUUUGGAGAAUUUUCCUGGAUAAUUCCCUACCGAUUUUGGUUACAACUGUACUUUCAUCCGUUCGCUGCCUCGAUCUUAAUGCUACUAGAACAAAAUUGGCGGUCGUUGACGAUGCAGGUCGGUUGGUGGUUCGAGAUUUGAUAAGCGACACGAUGCUGUACCAAGAUUCCAACGUCAAUUCAGUCGCAUGGAACACCCACCUGGAGUCGAUGCUGUGCUACUCGCAUACCACCGGAGGAUUGAGCGUACGAGUUGGAUCACUUCCGCCCAGAAGUCCACAGUCUAUGCUCGGAGUGGUGGUGGGCUUGUGUGGUGCAACGGCAUUCUGUUUGCGUGGGAAUGUGAUGAGUAAUGUUCCGUUGGCGCUGGGAGCAACCAUGUGGCAGUUUGUGGAAGCUGGAUUGUUUGAGGACGCCUAUCAGGUAGCUUGUCUGGGGGUUCCACUGUCGGACUGGGAAGGCUUGGCACAAGCUGCUUUGGAGGCACUCAACUACCAGGUAGCUCGCGAUGCCUACGUCAAGGUACGCAAUUUACCGUGGCUUGAGUUGAUCAACGAUCUCAAGGAACGUCAGAAACGUGGCGACACCUCCAAGGAGGUACUCCUAGCAGAUACCUAUGCAUUCAAUGGGAAAUUCAAAGAAGCCGCUCGUUUGUACCAGAAGUCAGGCAACAAUAGCAAAGCGUUGGCUAUGUACAGUGAUUUACGAAUGUUCGACUUGGCUCAGGAAUUUUUAAAAGAAGGCAGCGCUGCCGACAAGAAGGAACUCAUUAGAAGACGUGCGGAGUGGGCAUGCUCUGUCCAUGAGCCACGAGCAGCUGCUGAAUUGUUGCUUUCCGCUGGAGAGUCCGAGCGAGCGAUUGAAAUCGUGGCAGAGCAGGGAUGGACUGAUGUUCUGUUGGAUAUCGGAAGACGCUUGAAUGCUGCAGAGAAAGAACCACUAGAGCUGAUUGCGAAACAUUUGCGAAGGUUGAAAGCUUUACCUUUGGCAGCUGAAAUUUAUCGUAAGCUUGGAGAAGAAGAACAAGUUGUGCAACUGCACGUGGAGGCCAGAGAUUGGCCUGAAGCCUUUCGCUUAGCUGAACAUUUACCGAAAAUUCUCCCAACGGUACAUUAUCAGCAUGCUCAGUGGUUGGCAGAAUCAGAUCAAUUCAUUUCGGCUCAUGAAGCGUACGUACUAGCUGGGAAGCCAAACGAAGCUACUAAACUGCUACGGAAUCUGGUGGAAUGUGCUGUAUCUGAAGAACGUUACUUGGAUGCGGGAUACUAUACCUGGUUGAGAGCAAAGCAGGUCCUCAAACUACUGGAUGGUGAAACCGUUCUACUGGAAUCGAAAAUUGCUGAGUACAGAUCACUGCAGAAACUUGCUUCCAUAUACUAUGCCUACAGUACACUGAAUUCAUACUUGAAAGAGCCAUUUACCAGUAGCCCUCCGUUGACGCUGUUCAAUACCAGUCGAUUUGUGGUGAAUCAAAUCAAUGGACUCUCAUCUCCCAAAGGAAUCAGUCUUUUUGCUGUCUACUACACCCUGUCCAAGCAAGCAAAAGUACUGGGAGCCAACAAGCUUCAUCUUCAAAUCAAUAACAAACUGCAGUCGUUGAAGCCACCACCCGGAAUCCAAGAACAGGUGGACAUCAGCUACAUCACCAGCCGGGCGUGUCCGGGUGGAUUUAACGAUCCGGAAGAGUACCUGCCCAUGUGCUACCGUUGUUCGAACUACAGCCCCCAUCUGCAUGGAAAUCGCUGUCCCAAUUGUCAUCAAGAGUACGUAUUUUCUUACGUAUCGUUCGAGAUUCUACCUUUAGCGGAGUUCAGCCCGGACGGUGGUAUAACCGACCAAGAGACUGAGAGGCUUCUGUUAGCUCCACCAAAGAUGAAUGAUUUUGGACAACCGGAUCAGUUUAUUCACGAGGAUAUUAUGGAUACAUUUCCAUCUACUAUGGACCGUGAUGCUCUUCGAGCGAUUGAUCCACGGGAGGUCAUCAUCAUUAAGGGUCCUAAACCGUUGGCUACCCGCUACUAUAGGAAUCUGCUUCCCGAGCUGCAGAUAACCGUUUGUCCAGAGUGUAACAAUGCAUUCCAUUCAGAGGAUUUUGAGUUACAAUUUUUGCAGAAAGGCUAUUGCCCAUUUUGUAGAGCACCUGAAGAUAGCCUAGUUGGGUAGUUGCUCGUUUUUGCAAUGCUUGAGCAAUUCCUCAGUAUACGUAGAUGUUGCAUUUUGUACUACCAACACGUGAUCUCAUUCCGUCCAACAUCACCGCAGUUGCAGUGUUGUU